GAACCAUCCUAAACAUUUUAUCUAAAAGAAAAUCAGAAAGUUACAAACAAAAAUGGCUUUGCAAAAGCUUCCUCUCAUUGGGCUGCUUUUGCUCCUAACCAUCGUCGCCUCUCCAGCAAAUGCAGAUGGACCUGUAUGCCCGCCUUCGACCAAACUAAGCCGGGCAAGUUUCCCUGAAGGUUUUUUAUUUGGCACCGCUACUGCGGCAUACCAGGUCGAAGGUGCAAUUAAUGAAACUUGUCGUGGACCAGCUUUAUGGGACAUCUACUGUAGGAGAUAUCCUGAGAGAUGCAAUAACGAUAACGGUGAUGUGGCCGUUGAUUUCUUCCAUCGUUAUAAGGAAGAUAUUCAACUAAUGAAGAACCUAAACACAGACGCUUUCAGAAUGUCUAUCGCAUGGCCAAGAAUAUUUCCUCAUGGGAGAAAGGAGAAAGGAGUGAGUCAAGCUGGUGUGCAAUUUUACCAUGACCUCAUCGACGAGCUCAUAAGAAAUGGUAUAACUCCAUUCGUUACUGUUUUUCACUGGGACACUCCACAAGAUUUAGAAGACGAAUAUGGCGGAUUUUUAAGCGAUAGGAUUGUGAAGGAUUUCCGAGAGUAUGCAGACUUUGUUUUCCAAGAAUACGGUGGAAAAGUGAAACAUUGGAUCACUUUCAAUGAGCCAUGGGUUUUCUCGCACGCUGGUUAUGACGUAGGCAAAAAGGCACCUGGACGUUGCUCUUCUUACGUCAAUGCUAAAUGCCAAGACGGACGAUCAGGAUACGAGGCUUAUCUCGUCACUCACAAUCUCCUUCUCUCUCACGCAGAAGCCGUUGAAGCUUACAGAAAAUGCGAAAAGUGUAAAGGUGGGAAGAUUGGAAUCGCACAUAGUCCGGCUUGGUUCGAAGCACAUGACCUUGCUGAUUCACAAGACGGUGCGUCCAUCGACCGUGCACUUGACUUUAUUUUGGGAUGGCAUCUAGACACAACGACGUUUGGAGAUUAUCCACAGAUCAUGAAAGACAUUGUUGGACAUAGAUUGCCCAAAUUUACAACUGAGCAGAAAGCAAAAUUGAAAGAUUCUACCGAUUUCGUUGGGCUCAACUACUAUACUUCGGUGUUUUCAAACCAUUUGGAGAAACCUGAUCCUUCAAAACCAAGAUGGAUGCAAGAUUCUCUUAUUACAUGGGAGUCUAAGAAUCCGCAAAAUUACUCCAUUGGUAGCAAGCCUUUGACCGCUGCAUUGAACGUUUACUCGAGAGGGUUUAGAAGUCUUUUGAAGUACAUCAAGGAUAAAUACGCAAAUCCCGAAAUUAUGAUCAUGGAAAACGGAUACGGAGAAGAACUUGGGGCCUCAGAUUCGAUCGCUGUUGGUACCGCUGAUCACAACAGGAAAUAUUAUCUUCAGAGGCAUCUUUUGAGUAUGCAAGAAGCUGUUUGCAUCGACAAAGUGAAUGUUACAGGAUACUUUGUAUGGUCAUUGUUGGAUAACUUCGAGUGGCAAGAUGGUUACAAAAACAGAUUCGGACUCUACUACAUUGAUUUCAAAAAUAACCUCACACGUUACGAGAAAGAAUCCGGCAAGUAUUACAAGGAGUUCCUCAGUCAAGGUGUUCGUCCAUCAGCGAUCAAGAAGGAUGAGCUUUAAGCUAUAUUUGGUUUUCUGUUUCAAUGUGUCUUUAAUUUCCUAUGUUUUUCUUUGUGAUUGACCAAGAUUCAUGAGGUCUUGGUUAUAAUAAAAGAGUUUAUUUUCUUUUCAUUUUUCAAUGUCUACAUGAUUUGCCAGAUAUACAAGAGCUCUGAUUAAAUAAAAUGAUCCUUU